AUGGCUGAAGUCGACAUAGCGCCGCAGUUCGGCCUCGAGCUGAAGGAUGGCUUUAAGCCCGUCAAUGCCUGGGUCGCCAACGGGAUCGCGUGGCUCGACGACAUCCAGCAAUUCUACCGCGAACGCAGUGUCAUUGAGAAGGAGUACAGUCAGAAGCUCAGCGCUCUUGCAAAGAAGUACCAUGAGAAGAAAGCGAAGAAGACUAGCAGCCUGAGCGUCGGCGAUACCCCUACUGUCACGCCCGGCUCGCUCGAAAGUGCUUCGAUGACAACAUGGGCUGUACAACUCACGACGUUGGAGGGACGAGCCGCUGAACACGAUCGCUUCUCCAGUCAGCUCGUCUCUGCUGUGGCCGAACCCCUCAAACAUUUGGCUGCCAGGUACGAAGACCUCCGGAAACAGCACGCCGAGUAUGCUUCCAAGCUGGAGAAGGAGAGAGACGGCAACUAUGGUGACUUGAAGAAGACCAAAGACAAGUACUAUGGCGUCUGCCAGGAAGUAGAGAAUAGGCGAAAGAAGCUGGAUAGCAGUUUUGACCAUGGCAAGCAAAAAGCACAGAGUGCUUAUGCCCAGCACCAGAGCGACAUGAGGAAUGCAAAGAACACAUAUCUGAUCACCAUCAAUGUGAUCAACAAGCAGAAGGAACGAUACUAUCAUGAGUAUGUUCCUGAGCUGCUCGACUCCCUGCAGGCUCUUUCCGAAACAAGAACUUCAACUCUGAACAACAUCUGGUCGACAGGCGCCUCUCUCGAGACUCAGACGAUGACCCGGUCCACACAAUUGCUAGAGCACCUUUCGACCGAGAUCCCUAGGAACAACCCCGUGCUGGACAGCAUGAUGUUUGUACGGCAUAAUGCAAUACAGUGGCAGGAUCCACCAGAUUUUGUCUUUGAGCCCUCUCCGGUAUGGCUGGACGAUGACACGAUGGCUUCAGAUCCUCAGAGCAAGACCUUCCUCAUGAACAUUCUCUCGAAAUCAAAGUCUUCUUUGGGUCCGCUCCAGAAGGAGUGCGAAGCAAAACGGAGAGAAGUCGAAGGGGCGAAGCGUGUUAGGCAACUCAUCAGAGAGGGUAAAGACAAGCGGGACGAGGUCGAAGUCGUUCGCGCACAGUUCCACAACCAAGAAGUACUUCAUCAUGCCGAGCGGAGAAGAGUCACGGCCGAGGUCGAAGUUAGCACCAUCACUUCGGCGGUAGGCGAUAUAUCUGUUGGAGCGCGGAAUCAUACCUUCAAGAAUCAGACUUAUAAGAUUCCCACGAGCUGUGACCUGUGUGGCGACAGGCUAUGGGGCCUCAACGCCAAAGGCUUGAGCUGUGAAGAGUGCGGUCUCACAUGCCACACGAAAUGCGAGCUGAAAGUACCCGCCGAUUGCCCUGGAGAGCUCAACAAGGAGCAGAAGAAAGCGAUCAAAGCCGAGCGACAGGCAGCGGCGCAGGCUCAGACGGCAGCACCGCCACCCGCCAGCAAUGGUCAUAGCAACGGCAACGUCGACCGCACUGCCAGUCUGCAGAGGAGUGAUACCAUAGGAUCGAUGAACACGCUCAGCUCUGGGUAUGCAGCAAGCGCGAAUCGCAGUGUCUCUGGUAUGACUGUCAGGUCAAGUGAAGAGAGCCACGCCACUGCACCGACGACGAUAUCUCAAAGCACUUCCGCAGCUGGGCGACAUCGAGUCAUGGCUCCUCCACCAACCAGCUACGUCAACCCCAACGGUAACGGGUCCGCGCCAGAGGAGCAAAAGGGCAAGAUGCUCUAUGCCUAUCAAGCAAAUGGCGAUGGUGAGAUAUCCAUUUCGGAGGGCCAGGACUUUACUGUCGUUGAGCCGGAUGAUGGCACAGGCUGGAUCAAGAUCAAGCCAUCGUCUUUUGGUAUGCCUGCAGGUCUAGUCCCUAGCAGCUAUGCAGAGCUCAGCGCGCCGGCGCCGCCUUCGAAGAGUCCAGUCGAUGACAGGCCGGUGAGCAUGGCUGCCUCAACGUCCACGACAAGUCUAGCAGGGAGUGAUACACCCAGCGUGGGCAAAGCAAAGAAGCAAGGUCCUGCUGUGGCGCCAAGACGAGGGGCAAAGAAGGUCAAGCACGUUGAAGCCAUGUACACUUACCAGGCUUCUGGUCCUGGCGAGGUCGACAUGGAAGAAGGGGAGAAGAUGGUUCUGGUGCUGGCGGAUCAAGGAGACGGAUGGGUAGAGGUAGAGUCCAAGGCUGGGAAAGGCAUCGUUCCUGCAACAUGGGUAAAGGAUGUGUGA